AUGGCGAGGAAGAAGAAUCGAAAACUCUUCCCUAUGUUAGCAUCAGAGACAAACAACAAAACAUUAGAUUGUUCGAUAGGUAUCUGCGAUACGAUAUGCCCUUACAAUUGCUACUCAGAACCAGACUACCACAACAUAUCUCCACAUAUACCUCCAUGGUCAUCACCAAGAUCAAUCAGAACUCCAUCUCCAUCAAUCUCAACCGUUCAUCAACCAUCUCAAAACGAUUCAUCUUCCAUUGGCGUCAUAACAAUUAUCACAGUUACUGGUGCAGCCUUAGCCAUCCUUCUCACCGGUUUCUUCCUCGUAGCGAAUUUCGUAUCAAAGAGCGUAAACCGAGUCAACCACGGAGGUUAUCCUCCCCAGAGAGACGGAGAUUACACGGUGGAUGAAGACUUGCAAGAUAGGGAACAAGUUGAUCACCCAAUCUGGUUCAUUAGAACGACAGGUCUACAACAAUCGAUCAUAAACUCGAUUACGAUUUGUAAUUACAAGAGAGGAGAUGGUUUGAUCGAAAGAACAGAUUGUCCUGUUUGUUUAAACGAGUUUGAAGAAGAUGAGAGUCUUAGGUUAUUGCCUAAAUGUAACCACGCUUUUCACAUCUCUUGUAUUGACACUUGGCUUGGGUCUCACACUAAUUGUCCUCUGUGUCGUGCUGGUAUUGCGAUCAGUGUCGUAACUCCACGGGUCUCUGGUCCGGUCGAUGUAACUUCCGGUGGAUCAGGAUCACGUUUGGAGAACGAUGAAGAAGAACAGAUCGAAAGCAGAGGUGAAUUAGGGAGAGAGAGUGAUGAGUCGAGGUUUAAAGAGACAUUGAGUUCUAGUUAUCGAGAUUCGUACAAUACAGAACCGAAUUCUGAUGUAAGAAUUGAGGUAAUCGACGGUGAUGGAUCCGAAACAGAGUCGAGAGAGAAAGUUAGGGUUUUUGAGGAAUGUAUGGAUCCAAAUUGUGGAGAUUCCAUUGAUUCUCUCUCGUCUGCGAAAACCCAUGAAGAGAAUUUAGAUUUUCCGGGAAAAUCUGGUGAAUCGAGCGGUGAAGCAAGUGAAGAUACAGAGAAAGUUCAGUCAGACAUUUCGUCGAACACGUCGAAGACAACAGGAAGCUCCUCGGUAUCUUUCUUCAAUACGAACAAGAGUUCGGUUUUUCCGAUGUCUUUGAAAGACAAGUCAAAAGACUCUGUUUCAGUUCGUACAAACGGCACAAACGGAUUUCUAGCUGGAGGAGACAAGUAUUUCGCAGGCAUGCUCGCGCCUCCUUCACCUCGUUAUCAGUGA